AUGAAUGAGCGUGAGCUCAAUUUGGGUUACGCAGGAGAUCUCAAGAAGUCGUGGCAUCAGACGUACAAAGAUUCGGCAUGGAUUUACAUCGGAGGAUUGUCAUACGCACUUACAGAAGGAGAUGUUAUUGCAGUUUUCUCACAGUGAGUUCAUUUUUGCAUUCAUAUUCAUGUUUAAAAGAAAAUAUGGGAUUUCAGGUACGGUGAAGUGAUGAACAUCAACCUUGUCCGCGAUAAAGACACUGGAAAAUCGAAAGGAUUUGCUUUUUUGUGCUACAAAGAUCAAAGAAGUACUGUGUUGGCUGUUGACAAUUUUAAUGGAAUAACGGUGGGUUAACAAUUAAAAAGCUCUUCUGAAUUCAUAGGUUUUCAGUUGCACAAGCGUAUGAUCCGAGUAGAUCACGUGGAAGAGUAUAAAGUUCCGAAAUACAAAGAAGAUGCGGACGCAGAAACGAAGCGGUUAUGGGAAGAAGGAUGUGCUCCGAAGCCGAUAAUGCGAGAAGCAGAUCCAAUAGAAUUACAAGAGAUGAGAAUCAAGAAGGCACAAGAAGUUCUAUUAAAUGUGGGAGACGUCGAUGAAGAAUUGUUGAAAAAGAUCAAGAAAGACAAGAAAAAGGCGAAGAAAGAGAAGAAGCGUGAGAAAAAGAGAGAAAAGAAGAUUCGCAAACUGGAGAAAAAGGCUGCACGCGAUCCCGAUGGUGACUGGAAGGAGAAGGCCAAACUGUAUGACAAGGUGGUCGCGGAAGAAGAUCUGUACGGAGAAAACAAACAUUUCGACUUUGGAAAGAAGAAGGAAGUGGAGGAAGUAAAGCACAAUCCGAGACCAGACUUCGAGAAGGCCGACUGGCGAGACAUCGAGAUCUGGAAGGUCAUCAGAGAGCGAGAAAAGGCAGAGAAAGCGGCAAAGGGAGAAUCGACGGAAGCCUGGGGGCCCGAUGAGCAUUACGUGUCGAAACGGUACCAAGGACGAUGA